AUGUCAUCCUCGGAAGUAUUCCAUUCACUGUCCAAGCCGACACUCUGUGCGUCUCAAUACUCAUGGUUGCAGCAGGAACGCCUUUAUCUGGAACAGGUUCUGGGUGACCAACAACACCGCAGCAAACAGCUCAACAAGAUACUGCAGAAUGUUGAAUCGAAGAUUGCCAAAGCAUUGUCGGAGCAGUCCACUUCAGAAGUCCUUAAACCAUUGAGGAAGAGCAGGAAGAGUCUGCGUGGGAAAUUGGGAAGAUGCAUGAAAUUGUUACACUCUACAGGGGAGUCACUCAACAAUAUACUAUCGCGAAUGGAAAGUCUGCAGCAAACCCAGUUCAGUCCACCAAGUUUCACCAGCCAAGUACAGCAAACGAUGCAUGAAUUGCCUCCACUACGUUCCAGUUGGACAACAAAGACCUUCUCUACAUCGAUACAGCCAUAUGAUGUUUGCCGACAGAUCAGCUACUCCACAACACCCUUCAAUCGCAUUGUACCAGGGUAUCGACCAAUGUUCUAUCAUGUACCACAAACUCCUUUCUUGCGACCUCUGCACUCCUUACGUCCUGACGCUCACAUGCACCCACAAAUCCCAUCUUUUGAGCUUGCUCCAUACGCACAGGCGGUAUUCAGCCCUCCUAGCCCAGCCGAAACAGUCUCAAUGUAUAACUUGAAUUCUACCACGGUGAUGGCGCCUCUGGUUCCGAACAAGUUUGCCUAUCUAGUCUAG